ACAUUUGGACACCUUAUGCUGCAGGUUGUGUGUUUUUUGUAAGAAAAUACAGUCAGUUGACGCGGGAAUUUGCACAUUUACUAUUUGGCAACACCUGCAAAGCCUCAGAUUGUUUUCUUUUUUUUUUUUGUAUUUUUUAAAUGUUUUUUUGUAUUUGUUUACAUGUUUCCACAUUGGAUAUUUUUGCUUGCCGGUGCUUCGCGAGGAAGGAUUUGGACAUUUUCGAGAGGAAAUGCGCCGGGAAUCCCAUGAAGAGCGCUAAUAAAUGAGAGAUCACCAAAGGAGCGUUUCUGUCUACACCAGCCGUCAAAUCCCCGAGAAAAGACAGAUUGGUAUGAGGAUUCGUGCGGGAUACGAUGGACCGUCAAUUUUGACAAAGAAGUUUUAAGAAGAAGAAGACGAGAGGAAAAAAAAAAAAAAAAGAUUUAUGCGUUUUUUCUACUAACACAGCCACGCGUUUUGGCACUUUGGAUCGCGCGUAAAGCAGCGAGAGGACAGCGAGAACUUGGACACAAGAUUUACGCUAAAACAUCACUGCUGUAGUCUUCAUUUUUUUAAAAAGAAGAAGAAGAAAAAAAAAGCCCCGUGUGUGCUCGCUGAGAAAACACACGCACUCGUGCAUCAUUCUAGUCUGCGGCACAUGCUUUAGCUCAUUUCGUAUAUGAGUUUUUCAAUUUGUGUGGCUCAGUGCACAGACUCUUUAGCGGCUACCAUGGACGAUCAAGCCCGGAUCAUGCAGUCGAUCGGCGGUGUCAGUCUGGCCGGCCACUCGGUACAAGGAGGCAUGGCACUGCCGCCUCCACAUGGACACGAUGGGACAGACGGAGACGGAAGAAAACAAGACAUUGGUGACAUUCUGCAUCAAAUAAUGACCAUAACUGAUCAAAGUCUGGACGAGGCGCAAGCAAAGAAACAUGGACUGAACUGUCACAGAAUGAAACCAGCACUCUUCAGCGUUCUCUGUGAAAUCAAAGAAAAGACAGGUCUCAGCAUCCGUGGCGCCCAGGAGGAGGACCCUCCAGACCCCCAGCUCAUGCGUUUAGACAACAUGCUGCUGGCAGAGGGAGUGGCAGGACCAGAGAAAGGUGGCGGAUCUGCCGCUGCCGCAGCUGCUGCCGCGGCCUCGGGUGGAGCGGCCGACAACUCCAUAGAACAUUCCGACUACAGAGCCAAACUCACCCAGAUCAGACAGAUCUACCACACGGAGCUGGAGAAGUACGAACAGGCAUGUAACGAAUUUACCACCCAUGUGAUGAACCUGCUGAGGGAACAGUCUCGCACGCGGCCCAUCUCUCCUAAAGAGAUUGAACGCAUGGUGGGAAUCAUCCACCGUAAGUUCAGCUCCAUCCAGAUGCAACUGAAGCAGAGCACCUGUGAGGCUGUCAUGAUCCUGCGCUCCAGAUUCCUUGAUGCCAGGCGGAAAAGGAGAAACUUCAGCAAGCAGGCGACGGAAAUUUUGAACGAAUAUUUCUACUCGCACCUCAGCAACCCGUACCCCAGCGAGGAGGCUAAGGAGGAGCUGGCCAAGAAGUGCAGCAUCACAGUUUCCCAGGUAUCCAACUGGUUUGGCAACAAAAGGAUCCGGUACAAGAAAAAUAUCGGCAAGUUUCAGGAAGAAGCCAACCUGUAUGCCGCCAAGACUGCUGUAAAUGCAGCACACGCUGCAGCCGCUGCAGUGCAGAACAGCCAGGCCAACUCCCCUACCACACCUAACUCCGGUUCUUCAGGUUCUUUUAACCUCCCAAACUCUGGGGACAUGUUCUUGAGCAUGCAGAGUCUGAAUGGGGAUUCUUACCAAGGGGCACAAGUCGGAGCCAAUGUACAGUCACAGGUGGAUACCCUGCGCCAUGUUAUCAGUCAGACGGCAGGAUACAAUGAUGCUCUGGGGGGAAACACGAUGUAUAGUCCACAUGGCCUAAAUGCUAAUGGAGGAUGGCAAGAUGCAACGACUCCGUCUUCUGUAAUAUCUCCAACAGAAGGACCUGGAAGUGUGCACUCUGAUACCUCGAAUUGAUCCGCUAUUAAUGCAUCUUUUGCCUCGAGAUGGGCAUGGACUUUCUAACUGGCCGACCAACUGAAGAGGAUAUAAAAAGAAAAAAGAAAAAAGAAAAAAAAAAACUUUUCACAAGAGAUUGGUUUUCCUCUACCUUCAAAUUUCCCACGACCAUGCCGCACACAUGCAAAUUGCAUCCUCCAUUAUGAACACCAAGUGUUUCCUGAUCGCUCAGUGUUUUCUUUCUGUCUUCAUAAAUCAAGUGUAAUCACCACGCUUUUUAUUUGUUUGUUGUAGGGGUAAACACAUACACAUGUACAAAUAGAAACAGCCCUCAGAUGUUACUGAGUAAACUUUCAGGAUAAUUAUCUCCUCUGAGCUCAAAAACUGGAUGACACUCGUGUAUUGUCCGUGAUAUUUUAUGACAUUUUAAACGGCCAUUUGUUUGAUUCUUGAUUUAGUUACCACUUUCCAUUUUGAUAAUUGGGUUGUCCUUCAGUUCUUACAAUACGUAGAUUAAAGCAGCUGUUUCUUUGACUGUAAUGUGCUCGCAGUCUUGUCCAGCAACUCAACAAUGCUGCUGUUGACAGCUCAAUGGCAGCUUUGUAGUUACUUUCAAGAUUUAUUUUUGCCUUACAGCUGUAUACAUUAGUACAAGGAAAUGACUAUUCAAACUCUGGAACAUAAAGAAGUGUAAUUGAUUGCUUGACUAUAACAUGACACCAUUCCAUAUUUUAUAAUUUGAUGUUUAGUAUGUACAUAUGUAAACAUUUUUUUUGUACUCCUUAUGGAAAUCAACAUUUCCCCCCACAGUAGAUCAUUCCGUCGUGGCACACAGGAGCAGGCCCCAUUACACAGGAAAAGUUGUACAUAAUAUAGCUUAAGAGUAAUUAUACAUCCCACCAAUCAAUACACAGCUUUAUUACCUCAUUCAUAGAAACCAAUAAUUUCCAACAUUUCUGUAGCUUAGAGUGCUCACUUACUACCUCUAAACAAUAUCACCACCAUAGUUUCUUUGGCCCUUAUUUAAUGUUUUUAUGUAGUUAUUUUGAUUACAUCUUGUAACACUGUAAACUCUUCAUCCUCUAUGUAAUCUAAUGUAUAUUUUAAUCUUUUAAUAAAAUGACGUUGCCGCACGGCAACUUAAAAUGACAAAAAUAAAAAACAUGAAAAUGAUAACAAUAUUAAUACCGUGGGAAAAUAGACGGGGAAGGGGAGGCUGGGGAGGGGGGGCAAGAAGAUGUCGGUCUGUUGGCUUUUACGAGGGGGGUGCGAUGAACGUUGUUGAUAAAUUAACACCAAACAGUGAAACUGUUGUAAAUACUGAAGAAGAAAAAAGAAAAGAAAAAAAAAACAUUUUGAAUGUUGCUCAUCUUGUUACGAAAUCAUGCAAAAAAAAAGAAAAAAAUCACUAUAAAAACUGUAAUGCAUAAAGGUUUCAGUAUUCAGAACUGUAAAUUUCCAGCUCUGUUCAACAGGGUUCAAGACUUCUUUUCUCUUUUUUCUAUUGUAUGUGAUUCUGAAACUGAAAAGUCAUGACAAAUGAUUUGUGGCAGUGAUUCUAAUGUAUUAAAGAUGUUUAGUGUUACUUUCUAACCAGACUACACCCUGGACUGAAAAGUCUUCCUUGUGGUAGUUGUGUAAUUUCAAACAUGAAUAAACCU